GAAACUCUCUUCAACCUCAUCUGUCCAAAAACCUCUGGCUCCUCCUGUUGCGUCUCCGCCGUGCGCGCUGGAGAAGCUCCUUCACUCGUUGCUUACUGGAGAGCCACAAAGCACGCUGGCAUUUCGGAGUUAAACCCAAACUUUUCCCCUAAGGAUUUUACAUUCAAAUCUGUGUUCAUUGUCUGCUCUGUGCAGAUUUUCACAGUUUGUAACACCAACGUUGUUUAUUUUGUCGUAGAGGUUUCCGUGUUUGUUCUAUUUUUUAAUUCAACUGUGCGUUUUCUUGACUUUAUCCAUGUUGAAAUGGAAAAUGAGGAGUUCCCUAGAGAGAGGCUAUCCAGGGUUUGAGUUAUUACACGGAAAGCUUCUGUAACUGCUCCUCCCGCGGAUGAAUAUGGACCCUCCCGCCGUGUGCGUCCUCCAGACUCUGCUGGUGCUGAUGAUCUUGCCCCCUGUUGCUUCUGUCCCCUGCCCCCGGCCCUGCUCCUGCCCCCAGCCCACUGAGCUCCACUGCACCUUCCGCUCCCUCAUCACCAUCCCAGCUGCUGUAUCUAAACAAGUGGAACGCAUGAACCUGGGGUUCAAUAGCAUUAAUAAGAUCACAGACAAAUCGCUGGCCGGUCUGAGGAAGCUGGAGCUUCUGAUGGUCCAUGGGAACGACAUCCACAGUCUGCCGGAUGGGGUAUUCAGGGACCUUUCUUCACUACAGAUGUUGAAGAUUAGCUACAACAAGCUGAGGGAGAUCAACAGACACACCCUUCAAGGUCUGUGGGCCUUGGCCAGGUUACACCUGGACCACAACCGACUGGAGUUCAUCCACCCAGACACCUUCCAGGGCCUCACUUCCUUGCGGUUGCUGCAGCUGGAAGGCAAUCAGCUUCAGCAGCUGCACCCAGCCACAUUCACCACCUUUACUCUGAUGGACCACUUCCAUGUCUCCACUCUGAGGCACCUCUACCUGUCGGACAACAGACUGACGUCACUGCCCUCCAGGCUGGUGGCCACCAUGCCUCAGCUGGAGAACCUGUACCUCCAUGGGAACCUGUGGACAUGUGACUGCAACAUGAGGUGGCUCCAUGACUGGGAUAAAACCUCACCAGGUGUCUUGAAAUGUAAAAAGGACAGGGCCCUUCCCGAUGGCCAGCUGUGUCCCAUGUGCUCCUCGCCCAGGCACCUCCAGGGGGAAGAGCUCCAGGCUGUGGAGAACCUGGUCUGCAGCAGCCCCAUCAUCACCUCUCCUCACAUGACUUCCCCACCUGAUGAUGUUGAGAGUGAGGCAUUGACCAUGGAGGAUUUCAGGGAACCAUUUGGAAACAUCUCCCUAGGCAUGUCAGAUGAACAUGGGAAUGAGGUUGAUCUGGAGUGUAGCAUUGGUGAACUGAGAGAGCUUACCAAGAUCAACUGGGAGCAGGUCAACCAGCUCCAGCUGGCCUCCAACAUCACUUUGUCGGUGGAUCUUGAAUGCCCGGUUGAUAGAGAAAAGUAUGAGCGACUGUGGAGGCUAAUUGCAUAUUACAGCAAUGUGCCAGCCCACUUACAAAGGGGGAUUAUGCUCAGAAAAGAGCCUCAUCCAACCUAUGUGUAUAGACAGGACUCUGAGAAGGAUGCCCUGUACUACACUGGUGUUAAAGUUAAUAUCAUGGCCCAGCCUGCAUGGCUGAUGCAGACAUCUGCAGACCUUCAGCUGAACAGACUUCAAUCAUCAGCAAAGACGGUAAAAUUGAUCCUGAGCACGGACUUCUCAGAGACAGUGGAGGCGGAGCUGGUGCGGAGACAGAGGAGGACAUGGGUCAUGGCCGAGUCAACCAGCACGACUCGUAAAGUGCUGAGUGCUAUCCUGGGAAGCACGAGUCAAAUGUACUGUAACGUGCACAGUUCUGGCCAACCGGUCAUCUACUGGAUGUUGCCAGACGGCUCCAAGGUGGAGGCACCAUACAGCAGUCCAGACAACAGGGUGUCUGUGUCCAGUGAUGGACGACUGGUCAUUAAAGCUGUCAGCCACACAGACACAGGAAUUUACUACUGCAUUGCCAAGGUUCAAGGAGACCUUGCUGUCCUGCCAUUCCAUCUGACAGUGCAGGAAUCCUCUAGCCCUCCCCCAGGGGAGGACACCUCAGUUACAUCUAUUGAGGGAUUUGCAGGGAAUCCCAUUUCCCUGCCUUGCACAGCAUCUGGUUCCCCUGAUGCUGAAAUUAACUGGAUUCUACCAAGCAGCAACAUAGUUAGUUUCCAAGCCAACUCCUCCAGAGCUUUGGUCUAUUCCAAUGGUACUCUACAUAUCCCACAGACUCAGUUAUUGGACAGUGGUCAUUAUAAAUGCAUUGCCAUAAAUCAACAUGGUGUGGAUACACUGGCUACAAAAAUUACUCUUGUCAGGCGCAAAGGGCUGAUAAGGCCUUUGAGGAAGUUUCCAGCAAGACCUCAGUCAGCCUCAGGGAUCAACACUCAGAUUAAAGUUCCCACAGAGGAUACAGAGGAAGCAUCAGGGGACAUUGAGGUUACUCAGGUGGGGGCUCCAGUGAGCCGCUUGGAUCCUUUGAGAAGGAGAAUUCCAGGAGGUGUGGCCCCAGGCAGGAGGGGCAUCCAUCCAUCGAGGAAUAUGUGGCGGAGGCCACCAGUGCUUCAAAGACCAACAGGAUCACGUGUUGAAGACAGGAAGAAUAUAGUUGAAAGCAGGAGGAAGAUUAAUAUGUCAAAGAGUAAAAUAGACCCAGAGAAAUGGGCUGAUAUUUUGGCCAAGAUUAGGGAUAGAAAUGCUCAGAAUACUGUGACACCACUCCCAGUUCAGCAUACGACAGAGAGGAAACUUACAGAGCAGACAACACAGUCACAAGAAACUAUUGAAGGAUCAUCAGAUGGCGUGACUGUGCAGGAAAAAGAGGGCCAGGAGUACUUCACAACACCACACACUCCAGUACAACAUACACAAAUGAAAACCCAAGGCCAAGGCACACAUGUGACAUCUAAUAGUUACACCGCACAUAAUACACGUGAUGUGACAUCAAACAGUCAGCGAACACACAGCAUACAUGCUACAGCAGAGCCACAUACAACACAGACUACAUACAAUGUACAACACACCACCCGUGAUAUGAACUUGGAUCUACACACAACUUCAAACUGUAUAUUUUUCCUUGCACAGACCACAUCUGUUCCUCCACACGCUGUCACUUUCUGGCAGGCUAACACAAACAUUGCAAGCAGCAGCAGUACAUUUUCUCUACAAGAGAACCUUAGCACAAAUACAGAUGUUGAUGGAGUCAAAACAGCUGAUUCGUCCAAGGCAUCGGAGAGGAGCAAGAAUAUGGAUAGACCGAAUGUUGUUGCCAGCUCUAAUAAUGACAGAGAACUCUUUUCGAGUGGAAGUCAAAUUAUCUCUUCGGUUAACCCAAAUGAAUCGGAAACGAGCCAAGAGGAAAAUGGAAAAUAUUUUAGUGAGACAACAACAUCACAGUCGUAUACUCAGCCAAAGGACACAACAUUUAAUGAUUUGCGAUCUCAAGCAAUGCUCACAACAGCAUCUCCAACAACUACACUUGUACCCACCACUACAAGCAGGAUGGGGUCUAAAGGGAAAUCGCUGCCACGCCUCCGACAACCUAAUUCCAGGAGAAGGAAUGGAGGUCGGCAGAGAAGGCCAAACAGAAGGAAACAAAUGCUGAAUAAACCCAACCAGUUCAUUGCCACCACACCUGCAAACACUCCCCUAGCAACAGCCAGGACCACUGCCUCCACACAGCUAAAAAAAGAACCAUUAGAAGUUAUAACAGCCAAUAUCAAUACCACUGUUCCAUUCAGCGGCAGCCAAGCAGCGUCAUCAGGCAGACUGAGUCAUGAAGAAAGCACAGUAUUAAGGCAUGAUGACGAGGCAGCCACCAACCUCUCUUCACUACCAGCUUCUCCCUCUGAAACAAACAACAGCCUUCUACUCCUGGCCAAACCACUAUUCAAAAGCACAUCAGCGGCACCAUCAUUUCCAACAGCCUCUCCAGGAGUGGGUCACAGAAGGAUGAGUUUUCAAACAGUCUUGGGAAUCUCAGAGAGUGCGUCUCCUCUAGAGCGCUUGGAUAUGCUCAUAUCACCCACUCAGCAGAGGUUUAUGGGCAGCCCUCAUCCACUAGUUAAACCCUUGGAGGAGACACAAAGGGUAAGCGUUACAGGAGACCUUGGACCUGUGCCACGCUCUGGCAAUUCCUCUGGGGGUUUUCACACUGUAAUGCAAGUGCAAACAGAUGUCGGGCAGAAUCAAUCUGUCCAUGAACACACAACCAACGAAAAGGUUGGAAAGAUGCUUUUGAAAGAGACUGGCAAGCUUUUUUCACUGUUACCAUCCCCAUCCGCCUCAGCUGCUUCCUUGAUCGAGCCUGAAAUCAAGACAACCUCUGGAUACACUUCAAGUGGCUUAAUUACACCACCUAGCAUGCUUUUUGAGGGUGAUUUGGACACAGAGCAAGUCACCACAAAGAAACCAACAGUACCUGAAAAAUCUUAUCAUAGUUCUAGUCAAAAUAAAACCACAAGUGGUGAGUCAGAGGUAGAUCUUAAAGAAACUGCAAACAUAGGAAUUAAUGUUGAUACUCCCAUCACAAGUAUAGUCAUAACAACACCUCCCUCUGCUACUUCAGCAAGGCCUGAUGCUAUGAUCCUAUCCAGAGUGGCGCCACAUGUCACACUACACAAAACGUCUUCCAUAGGAGCCAAAAUGGGCCCUUCACUGAGGGCCACCACUCAGGAGGCUCCCAGGAUCAACAACAUUCCGGACGACAACAGUCAGGACAAACAAAUCCAACCCAUCACCACAUCAGAGCCUAGGAGAACAUCAGACUUCCAUCCUGCAACCCAGUCAACUGACUACAAACUGGUUCUUUUUACCAGUACAAAUCCAUCUUCCCCAGCCCUAAAAUUUAUUGAGCAGAUGGCCACCCCUGCCCCAACAAUGGCUGCAAUCCAAACUGAUCCUUUAAGAGAGGGACUGCUAACAAGCACUCAGGAUGUGUCCAGAAAGCACCAGCUACCUGCACAAGGAUCUAUUCCAAGAGGGAAGCCAAGAAUAACUAAGAGUAAUUUCCAGACUUUCACUGUGAAAGCUGAAACAGAUGCUCAGCUUCCCUGUGAGGCUGAGGGUGAGCCAAUGCCCUUCCUGUCAUGGACUAAAGUUGCCAGUGGGGCGAGUAUUGCUCAGAACACCAGGGUCCAGAGGUUUGAGGUCCAUCCAAAUGGUACAUUAAUCAUCAGGAACACACAGCCCAUGGAUGGGGGCCAGUACCUGUGUACAAUCCAGAACCAGUAUGGCACAGACAAGAUGGUGAUCAACCUUGUGGUCCUGUCUCAGCAUCCACGGGUCCUCCAACCUCGGCACAGAGACAUCACUGUGCAUCAAGGUGGCAAAGUCGAUUUUGAUUGUAAAGUGGAGGGGCACCCUAAGCCUCGAGUCACAUGGGUGCUCCCUAACCAUGUCCACAUGGCUGCUGCCCCACUUGAUGUUGUCCCUCAGCAGCGUGUGGCCAUGUUGAGUAAUGGCACCCUCCGGCUCAGCCAGGCCACUUACGCAGACAGAGGGAUCUAUAAGUGCAUUGGCAGCAGCUCAGCUGGAGCCGACACAGUCUCAGUCCGCCUUUAUGUUUCAGCAUUGCCACCUGUUAUUCAGCAGACACAACAUGAGAACACCACCCUCCUAGAGGGCAGCACCGCCUACAUCCACUGCACUGCCACAGGUGCCCCUCAGCCUGUCAUCCGCUGGAUCACACCUGAUGGCGUACAGCUCACUGCUUCCCAGAUUGUUACUGAACGCAACCUCGUCGUCUUCCCCAAUGGGACCCUCUACAUACGGGGAUUGGGCCCGGGAAAUGCUGGGAGAUACGAGUGCUCAGCCAGUAACGCGGUGGCGUCCAGCAAGAGAACAGUGAUCUUGAGCAUAAAGAGGAAUCUGUCUUCUGCCAAGGCCAUUAUCACCUCAUCGUCCCCCCAGAGAACAGAUGUGAUCUACGGAGGGAGGCUGCUGCUCAACUGUGUGGCAACAGGAGAGCCGGAACCCCGGAUCAUCUGGAGGACACCCUCUAAGAAGUUGGUGGAUUCUCAGUACAGUUUUGACACAAGGAUCAAGGCGUUCCCCAACGGCACUAUAACCGUUGAUUCUGUGACCGACAAGGACAGCGGUGACUACCUGUGUGUGGCACGUAACAAGAUGGGUAAUGACUAUGUUCUGCUGCAGGUCAACGUGCUGACCAGGCCGGCCAAGAUCGAGCAGAAGCACCAGCGAUCCAGUCAGGAAGUGGUGUAUGGUGGAGACCUGAAGGUGGACUGUGUGGCCUCUGGUCUCCCCAACCCCGAUAUCAGCUGGGCACUGCCGGAUGGUACAAUGGUCAACCCGGUCAAACAAAGAGAUAGUGUCAGUGGGAGGCACAGUCGCAGGUAUGUGGUGUUUGACAAUGGGACACUAUACUUCAACGAUGUAGGCAUGCCAGAAGAAGGUUACUACACCUGCUACGCUGAGAACCAACUUGGCAAAGAUGAGAUGAAGGUUAGAGUCAAGGUCAAGGUUGCAACUUCACCACCACAAAUCCAGGAUAAAGACCAAAAGAUUGUCAGGGUUUUCUAUGGUGAGACCGUUACACUGAGAUGUAAUGCCAAAGGGGAACCAAUGCCAGUCAUCACAUGGAUAUCCCCUACGAAUAGAGUGAUCUCCCCAGCUUUAAACAAAUACCAGGUCCUGGAUGAUGGGACAUUGGUGGUUCAAAAGGUCCAGCGUUUUGAUGGAGGUAACUACACUUGCAUGGCCAGGAACAAUGCAGGAAAAGACCAUAAAGUCAUCAGGCUGGAGGUCCUGGUAACAUCUCCAGUGAUCAAUGGCUUAAGAAGAACUUCCAACACUAUCAAGGUGACUGCUGUCCAGGAUCAGCGGAAGUUGGUGGACUGUGUGGCACAGGGAACCCCCACCCCUCGCAUCAUGUGGGUUCUACCAGGAAAUGUGAUCCUUCCUGCACCAUACCACAGCAACAAAAUGACAGUUCACCAAAAUGGUACCUUAGAAAUCCGGUCACCCAAGAGGACAGACUCUGGGCAGCUGGCUUGUAUUGCUCGUAAUGAAGGAGGGGAGGUCAGGCUGGUGGUUAACUUGGAUGUGAAAGAGGUUGUCGAGAGGCCACAAAUUAGAGGUCCUAAAACAGAUAGCCUGUCACUGACUGUGGGGAAUGCCAUGUCUUUGAAUUGCUCCUUUGAGGGCUCAACACUACCUCAUGUCACUUGGAUCUUACCCAACGGCACACCUUUGAAUAGCGGUGCUCGGUUCUCUAAGUUUUUACACCAACCCGACGGCUCUUUGAUCAUCAGCAACCCCUCUGUUGCUGAAGCUGGUAUGUACCGCUGUCUGGGGCGUAAUUCUCACGGGCUUGUGGAGCGUACAAUCAUAUUGUCCCCAGGGAGAAAGCCAGAGAUCACCAACAGAUACAACUCUCCUGUCAGUGUCAUGAAUGGGGAAAGAAUUUUGCUUCAUUGUCUAACUAGUGGCGAACCUCUCAGACUAACAUGGACAUUACCCAGUGGGGUUGUCCUCAACAGACCACAAAGAGCUGGACGAUAUGCUGUACUGCCCAAUGGGACACUUGCCAUCCAACAAGUAUCAAUCUAUGAUCGGGGGUCCUACAUUUGCCGAGCUGCAAAUGAGUAUGGCAGCUCUCUGCUUUCUGUAUCGAUAAUUGUGAUUGCAUAUCCACCUCAAAUUACCAGCGGCCCUCCCUCAGUAACCUACGCUAAACAGGGAGUUGCUGUUCAGUUGAACUGUGUAGCAACUGGAAUCCCUAAAGUGGAGAUAGCAUGGGAAACACCUGAUAAAACCCGCUUGGCUGUCAUUGCACAGCCACGCCUUUUUGGAAACAAGUACCUCCAUCCGCAAGGUUCCCUCAUCAUCCAGAACCCGACACAAAGAGAUGCUGGGGUCUACCGAUGCACAGCUAGGAAUGCCAUUGGCAUAGACUCUAAAGCCACAUUUCUCAAUGUGUUCUGAAGAAUUUCACUGUUCAUCAUGGUCAUUGCCAUACUGUAUGCCCAACCAACUGCCUAGUUAAAAGCAGUUGUUUUUAAUGAUCAAAAUGUUGUAAAACUGCUGUCACAGUGAUUAAAUAAUGAGUUGAUUAAAACCUGCAGUGGUGCUAUGAGUGUGUGCUGUAUAGAGGCCAAAAGUUGAUGGUGUUUGUGCACCAUAGUUUAUCAUUUCCACCAUUUUGUGUAUAAUUCACUGGGAAAUAUCAAUUGGCCUCCCAUUUUGAGCAUAUAGAUACUUUUAAUAGCAAUGUUUGCUAAAGAAAUCCUAAUCAUGUGGGAAAGCAGACAACAAUAAUACCUUGGUUUAACAUAUUUUCCAGUUUGCCUAUGUUGUUGCAUUGCAUCAUUUCAGUUAUAGCUCGUAGACAGUUGCUGUUGUUGUUGCCAUGUUCUCAUUAUUUUUGGUUAUCUUUCAGAUGUUGUGUUUUGCAUUUGAGCUAUAGCCUAAUGACUUGUAUAGUCCCUUUGUACAGUACAGCACAUUUCCCUUUACCAAAUGAUUUCCACUUUACCAGUAAUAAUUAAUAAUUGUAAAAUUAUUGGCACCUCAUCUCACAAGGUAAUGGAACUGAUGAAUAGUUGUAGUUACCUGGCUAAACACAGGCCAAACAUCAUAAUAAAGCCUAAUUGAAAUAAAAUAUACUGUAUGGGCCACAUUUCUAAACUUCUAUUUAUUUCAAAUCACUCAGGGAGGUGGGGCGCACAGGUGGAAAACAAGUGUCUCUAUAUUCCUACCAUACUAGAAAGAAAAAUACCAACUAAUCAGGUAAUGACUACUGCUCUUCUAUGCCACCACCUCAUGGAAUCCUGUUGCUACUCAAUAAAAUGUACUUAAAGGGCAUAAAUUGCCAAAGAUGAUGAUGACUUCAUUUUACUGAGACAGAAAGUAUUCAGAGAGUACUUACCUCCAUCAAGGCUGUACAAUCCUUUAAAUUCCUUUAAGUUUAAUAAGAUAAUGACCACUAAGUUGUAGCUCUUUAAAUAUUGCUGGAGCACCACCUAUGGGCAAAAUAAUAUAAUCAAUAUAAUAAAUAAAAUAAUGAACAUAAAUGCUUCGUAGAAAAGGUUUCAAUCGUGGUCAUCUGUACACUGUUUUCAGAAUCAAGACGUUUUGGCUC